AUGUGCCCGGAGGAGGGCGGCGCGGCUGGGCUGGGCGAGCUCCGCUCCUGGUGGGAAGUCCCGGCCAUCGCACACUUCUGCUCGCUCUUUCGCACCGCGUUCCGCCUGCCCGACUUUGAGAUCGAAGAGUUAGAAGCAGCCCUUCACAGAGAUGAUGUGGAGUUUAUCAGUGACCUGAUCGCCUGCUUGCUUCAGGGUUGCUAUCAAAGAAGAGAUAUCACGCCUCAGACAUUCCACAGCUACCUGGAGGACAUCAUCAACUACCGCUGGGAGCUUGAAGAAGGGAAACCCAACCCUCUGAGAGAAGCUAACUUCCAAGAACUGCCACUUCGCACUCGUGUGGAGAUCCUGCACCGCCUCUGUGAUUAUCGACUAGAUGCAGAUGAUGUCUUCGAUCUUCUCAAGGGUCUGGAUGCAGAUAGUCUUCGAGUGGAACCUCUGGGUGAAGACAAUUCUGGGGCACUCUAUUGGUAUUUCUAUGGGACACGAAUGUAUAAAGAGGACCCUGUACAAGGAAAAUCCAACGGAGAUCUCUCUUUGAGCAGGGAAAAUGAAGUACAAAAAAGUGUGUCGACUGUUCCUGGGAAAACAGGAAAAAGAAGAGGAAGACCCCCAAAACGGAAAAAACUACAGGAGGAGAUUCUAAUAAGUGAAAAGCAGGAAGAAAACUCUUUGACAUCUGAGCCACAGACCAGAAAUGGUUCCCAAGGGCCAGGCCAAGGCACUUGGUGGCUCCUGUGCCAAACAGAAGAGGAAUGGAGACAGGUCACUGAGAGUUUUCGAGAGAGGACCUCCUUGCGGGAAAGGCAGCUCUACAAACUACUCAGUGAGGACUUCCUGCCUGAGAUCUGCAACAUGAUUGCCCAGAAGGAAACUCCUAUGCUUACCAGAAUAGAAAAACAGAAGCGCAAAGAAGAAGAAGAAGAACGUCAGAUUCUUUUAGCGGUCCAGAAGAAGGAGCAGGAACAGAUGCUGAAGGAAGAGAGGAAACGGGAGUUGGAGGAAAAGGUCAAGGCAGUGGAAGAUCGAGCUAAGAGGAGAAAGCUCAGGGAAGAACGGGCAUGGCUACUGGCUCAAGGGAAAGAGCUGCCUCCAGAACUUUCACAUCUGGACCCUAAUUCCCCCAUGAGGGAAGAAAAAAGGACUAAAGACCUCUUUGAGUUGGAUGAUGAUUUCACUGCCAUGUAUAAAGUUCUAGAUGUAGUAAAGGCUCACAAGGAUUCCUGGCCCUUUUUGGAACCUGUGGAUGAAUCUUACGCCCCCAACUAUUACCAGAUUAUUAAGGUCCCUAUGGAUAUUUCAAGUAUGGAGAAGAAACUAAAUGGAGGUUUAUACUGUACCAAGGAAGAAUUUGUAAAUGAUAUGAAGACUAUAUUCAGAAAUUGUCGAAAAUAUAAUGGGGAAAGUAGUGAAUAUACCAAGAUGUCUGACAAUUUAGAGAGGUGUUUCCAUCGGGCAAUGAUGAAACAUUUUCCUGGUGAGGAUGGAGACACGGAUGAAGAAUUUUGGAUCAGAGAGGAUGAAAAGCGGGAGAAGAGACGGAGUCGCACCGGACGAAGCAGUGCGAGCCAUGUUUGGACCCGCUCUAGAGAACCCGAUGGGCCUGGUAGGAAACAGCAGCCCGUGGAGAAUGGAGGGAAGUCACUGCCCCCAACUCGCCGCCGGGCUUCCUCUUCUGGGGACGAUCAGAGCAGCCGUUCCACACAGACACCUGGGGAGCUGGGCACGUCCAAUGGCCAAGGCUUCUCUCGUUCCAUGCAUUAUGGUGGGAUGCCCAAUCAGGCACCUCUUUUAAACCAGAUGAGGCCAGCAAUACCAGGAACAUUUGGUGCUCUCCAGGGAUCAGAUCCUGCCAAUUUAUAUGCCUCCUCUAGAGUCCCAGAACCACACCCUGGAGAACCUGUUCAGCAGCAUCAACCCUUUGCCAUGCAGCCUCCCGUUGGAAUGAACCACCACCGAGGACCCAGGCUUGGAACACCUGAAGAGAAGCAAAUGUGUGGGGGUCUGACACACCUUUCUAAUGUGCCAUCACAUCCUGGGUCUUUGCAGCUCGGGCAGAUGAGUAGCCCCAGUCAGGAAGGAGGGUUGUAUCCCUCGACUCAAUUCCAGCCAGGAUUUAUUCCUCCCCGGCAUGGUGGGGUUCCAACCCGACCCUCAGAUUUCCCAGAAAGCUCAGAAAUCCCUCCUGGUCACAUGUACCGAUCAUACAAGUACCUGAAUCGAGUACACUCUGCCAUCUGGAACGGGAACCAUGGCGCUACAAACCCAGGGCCCCUGCGGCCAGAUGAGAAGCCCACGCUAGGGCCAGCACACUCUCAGCAGCCCCGCACGCUGGGUCAUACGAUGGAUUCCAGAGGGAUGAGACCGCCUCUCCCUCCAAAUCAGUGGGCUGAACACUCAAGCUUCCUACCUCAUGGAGUUCCUUCUUCAGGGUUUAUGCGACCACCCUGUAAAUCUCCUGGACAUCGGUUACAGGCCCCAGCCCCAACACAUCCUUCUCUGUAUGGAACACCCUCCCAUGCUGUGCGGGGGGUCCAAGGAGGGGACUCCAUGAUGGACAGCCCUGAGAUGAUUGCUAUGCAGCAGCUCUCCUCCCGUGUGUGCCCACCAGGUGUGCCUUACCAUCCCCGACAGCCCACUCCUCCCCACUUACCUGGCCCUUUUCCACAACUAGCUCACGCAGCAUCAGUAAGUGUACCAGCCCCCAAGACUGCCUUGGGGAAUUCUGGGAGGACACAGGAACACAGUGAGACAAAGGAGCCUGAGCAUGACAGAGCAGAGCCACUGCCUGGUCAUGAAGAGAAACCACCGAACGUUGGUGCUACAGAGGGGGUGUACCUCAAACAACUACCUCACCCUACACCUCCCCUGCAGACUGACUGUAACAGGCAGAGCUCACCCCAUGAAAGGGAAACAGAGGGUCCAGAGCUCAAAAGUGACGCCUCUGAAUCUGGAGACCACUGCAAGGCAACCAAGGGCAAGAAUACCUGGCCCUCAGAUAGCGGCUACACCAGCCCAGCUGCCCACGGAUGUAGGAGAGAGCUCUCCACUGUGGCAGAAAGAGGGGCUGUUCCUGAAAAUGGAAUGUUGGGAGAAGCAUCCCCUUGUGGAUCAGAGGGGAAGAGUCUUGGUUCAGAAAAGCCACUCUGCCCCAGAGGCAAAGCGUUGCAGGAAACCAUGCCAUGUGCAGGACAAAGUGCAACUACACCUCCCAACGCUGAUCCCAGUUUAAUGGGAGGCCCUGUCAACCAGUUUUCUCCCCUCUACAUGUCAGGCCUGGAAUAUCCAAAUUCAACUGCACAUUACCACAUCAGUCCAGGGCUGCAAGGUUUGGGCCCUGUGGUAGGAGGGAAAACCACAGUGUCACAUCCUCAGCAUUUCCCACCUCGGGGCUUUCAAUCUAAUAAUCCUCAUUCUGGCAUCUUUCCCCGAUAUCGUCCCCACCAAGGAAUGAGGUAUUCCUAUCAGCCACCACCUCAGCCGCCUUACCAUCACUAUCAGAGAACUCCUUAUUACACUUGUCCACAGGGCUUUUCUGACUGGCAGAGACCUCUCCAUCCCCAGGGAAGCCCAAGUGGGACCCCCUUUACUCAACCUCCCCCACCAAGGCCCCUCUUCUCAGAUAAAAAUGCCAUGACCAGCCUACAAGGCUGCGAGACACUCAAUGCUGCCUUAACUUCCCCAACCCGGAUGGAUGCUGUGGCUACUAAGGUCCUCCCAACUGAUGGGCAAAAUCCUGGUCCAGAGGAAGAGAAGCUGGAUGAAUCUAUGGAGAGGCCAGAAAGUCCCAAAGAGUUUUUAGACCUGGACAACCAUAAUGCAGCUACCAAGCGACAGAGUUCAUUGUCAGCCAACGAUUAUGUGUAUGGGACUCCUCCACCUCUGAGUUCAGGGAUGGGUUUUGCUUCGUCUACUUUUCCACCCCAUAGUGUGAUGCUACAAACGGGGUCUCCCUAUACACCUCAGCGGCCAGCCAGCCACUUCCAGCCCAGGGCUUAUUCUUCCCCUGUGGCUGCUCACCCACCUCACCAUCCAGUGGCUGCCCAACCUAAUGGCCUCCCUCAAGAGGGCCCUAUCUACCGCUGCCAGGAGGAAGGCAUGGGUCACUUUCAAGCUGUAAUGAUGGAACAAAUUGGCACUGCAAGUGGACUAAGGGGACCUUUCCAAGAAAUGUACAGACCAUCAGGAAUGCAAGUGCAUCCUGUUCAUUCACAGUCCUCGUUCCCAAAGACCCCAGCAUCAACAACAUUGCAAGAAGAACUACCACCGCAUAAACCCCCAACACUUCCUCUGGAUCAGGCCAAAGGUUCCAAUGACAACACCACAGUAGCAUCUUCUGAAAUAGCGUCGCUUUACCAACUCAGCCUCAGCAAGAACCCUCAAAGGCCAAAGGUGUACCAAAGGUGGGCAGUGGGACCAGUGUCUGUAGAUAACUUCCGAAAAGUCAGGGAUAAAAUACUCUACCCAGCAAAGGUAUUUGCUUUAAGAAUAUGUCUGCACAGUAUUGAUUUUCAGUUGUUUGACCUCCCCGGCUUCCUGGCUUCAGAGUGGGAGCCAGUACAAAAGGGUCAGCUGUGUGGGCAGGAGGACCUAGGGGCAUUCCAGGCAACAUCCUGGCUGGAUCCAGGACUGGCUCUUGGCUACUGGUAUGAAGGGUUCAUCCUGGGAGAAGUGGACAAAUAA